AUGACUAAUAAUAAUUUGAAUACGUGGAAUUUAAAAAUUCCACGUAUAGAAAUAACCGAACUAACUAGAAAUCAUGUUCAUUUUGUAUUAAGAAAUAAAGAUGCAAGUUUUGCCAAUGCAUUAAGACGAGUUAUGAUAGCUGAAGUGCCAACCUUAGCUAUUGAGUUGGUAACAAUUUACGAGAACACGUCUGUUUUACAUGAUGAAUUUUUAGCGCACAGAUUCGGUUUGCUGCCAAUAGAUUCAAAUAGAGUUCGAGAUUUUAAGUACAAGAAGCACCCUAUUGAAGUAGCUAAACUUACUAGAAACCAACGUUUAAACUGUCAAUUAAUAGCAGUAAAAGGAAUAGGAAAGUUGCAUGCAAAAUGGAGUCCAGUGUCUAAUGCAGUAUUUCAAUCAACUGGAGCGUUAUCUCCCGAGCAAAUUGUUGAUAUGGCAUUUGAAGUUCUUGAAGGAAAAACUGAAACACUUUUGAUUGAAUCAUCCAAAUUAGAAAGAUUCCAAGUUGAUGAUAUAACAACUCGCAUCCAAGAUGACAGACACAGUCGAACUUCCCAAAAAGAGAAUUUUAUACUAAAUUUAAUGUAA